GUGAAACAACAACAGAUACAGAGAGACGGGCCUCGCUUUGUCACACACACAUCAAUUUGCUCUGUUUGAGAGACUCAGCAUGUCGCGAGGCAGCUUUGUCUUCACGCCCAUGGCCUUGCGUUCUCUUGAACUUGACGAGGACAUGCUCGAGAGACACAAGUACAAGAGGCAGAUGGCCUCCCAUCAGCUCAGUAGCUACAUGUGGAAGAAGGAGGCCAGAGACCGGGUGCUGCUGAGGUCCAGCUCUGCUCUUCCACCAGCAAUGUGCCAAGACGUGGUGAUUCAGAAUGCUCUGUACACAGGAGACCUGGUGGCCAUGCAGCGGCUCUUUCCCAGAGGAUCCACAGCAAAUCUCAUCAUUGAGCCACAGGGAGGGGACAUGCGCUGGGUCGCCAGAGGGGAAGGACUGUGGUCGCUGACUUACGAGCAGGAACUGACCACACCGCUUCACAUCACAGCUGGUCGAGGGUUCACUGACUGCCUGAAACUGCUGCUGCAACGUGGAGCCAGCGUAGACCUAGCACCCGGCGGCACGACUGCUCUGCACGAGUCCUGUGAAAACUGCCAGCCGGAGUGCACCAAACUGCUGCUCAUCCACGGCGCUAACGCCAACGCUGUCUCCGAAGAUGGCCUCAUGCCUUUGCACAUUUGCACAAGCCCAGAAUCUCUCGAAUGUGCCAAAUAUCUCCUUCAGUACGGUGCAGCAAUCAAUGGUCGCAGUCUUGAAGAAGAAAACACUCCCUUACAUGUGGCAGCCAGGUACGGCCUCUCAGACCACGUUGAGCUCUACCUGCGCUACGGAGCAGCUGUGGACAAACGAAAUGAGGAGGGUCUCACGCCCCUGAACACUGCUUGUUCUCAGCCCCAGAAGGAGCAGGACCUGAAGCGUUACUUCGAGGUGUGCCAGAUGCUGCGGGGAGCGGGGGCUGACGUCCACACGACAGACCAGGACAAACGCACUCCUUUGCACAUGGCCUGCAAGCAUGCAAAUCCAGACAUAGUGGAUAUGCUCCUGGGCAACGGUGCCUGCGUUAACGACAUGGACUACGGUGGUGAGGCUCCCAUGCACAACAUCCUGAAGGUGGUGUGCUACAAGCUUUCCCAUCAGCCUGAGAGGAUCGUCCGCGCUCUGCUCAACCACGGUUCCAUUCGGGUGUGGCCUGGAGCUCUGCCCAUGGUUCUGAAGCACUGCUGCCAAUCUCCACGCACCAUCGAGGUCCUUCUGAACGCCUACAGCCACCUCAAAGUCUCUGACACCUGGGUUGAGUCCGUUUCUACUGAGGUGUUUAAGGAGCACAAGGACUUCUAUGAGUCCAUCUUCUCCUUGGCGCUGACCCCUCGCUCCCUGCAGCACUUGGCGCGCUGCAGACUCAGGAGCUUCCUGGAGGGCCGAGUGCACAGGGUGGUCCCCAAACUUGACCUUCCCACCUUCAUCAAGAACUACCUGCUCCUGGAGUACAGAGGCUACGUGCACUGAGAGAAGCUCUGUGUAGAGUUUCAGCUUCUGAGGACUGAGUGCUGCUAAAAAGAGUGGAGUGAGCAUUCACAAAAGAAUAAUACUCACUCGUCACUAGAAACUACAGCAUCAAUACUCAAAUCUUUAUGUCUGUGGCAUGUGAGCAGCUGCUUGUUCCUCUCACCUUUAUUCCAGAUCAGCCUUUCAGCACUGCUACAUGUUUCAUUUUGCACCACAAGAGGGAGCUAUAGCCUUGACUUGACUAUAACAAGCAUGCAACUGUUUUAUAUUUUGUUUAUUGUGUGAUCACAUCCUUUUUUUUUUACUUCUGCUCUUCAUAGUAAGGAGACUAACAUGCCUGUAUUUUUAUACAUAUAAUUAAUAUAAUUUAAUGCUAAUACACAGAGUAAUGAUGUGUUUUUAAAUGGGGACUGGCAUCAAGUAUUUGCAUAAAUAAUUAUUGCUCUCACCACCGAUGUGAUUGUGAUGGUGGUGUUUUAUAUCAAAAUAAGGCCAGGCAGGUUUAGAAUAAAAAUAUUCCAUCAUGGCUAAAUAAUCUAGUCACGGUUCUUUUCUUUCUUUUUCUGGUGCAAUGUAUUUUCUCUCCAUCGCUCUCAAGCUUCUUCUGUUUGUAAUCUGCUGCUAAAUGUUCACUGGUCGUUUUUCAUCCGUUUUAUG